CGGUAGAUGAAGUUGCGCACCCUCUUCACAAACACGUAGUUUGCAGAUCAGAUUCUGAUAGCCAAAUAUGGAGCCGAAAAGAGCGCAGGAGAACAAGAGCAGUAGGGAUUUUUGAAAUGAGAUAGUGUGUUAAUGCAUGGGGAAAGUGAGGUCGAGAGAGAGAGAGAAAUUAAGCUAUUUCCUUCUGCCCUUGAGCGCGUAGGACAAAACUGAUAUCGUAAAAAGUAGGGGAACAUGAACAGACGCAAUGCCAUUCCUGAAAAAGUAAUGAAAUAUGAUAUAUUUAGAAGUAAUCUAUUGCGCGUACGGGAUGUAGUCGGUAUCAUCAUAACAACGCACUGCUUUCCUCAAAAGUAUCAAACAGAAGAGAAACAAACAGAAGGGGAGAGCAUCUCAUCUAAUCCUUUUACUGAAGGGAAUACAGUUAAAUACAGUGACGUUAAGCUUCUUUUUAACGACGAACCAAGGUGCAACGGCAGGCUUCAGAAUGCUGACAACACUUUUGCAAAGGGAUGCACCCAUUGCAGAAUAUGAACAUGCCUACCUUCUCGGAGCAAUUUGCCAAAAAUGGAGCAUGUAAACCCAUCAUUUGAAUGACAUUAAACUCAACAAAAUAUCAUCAAGAGGGAGCUUCUGAGUGGACCGCGGGAAUAUUCUAAAUGGUAUAGGCUACUCAUGGACAUGCGACUGCUUUUACUGUGACUUGCCUGGAGUGCCAAAGUUGUUUGAUCUGAGCAAGGUUUGCAUGUCACCAAUAUCAAACACAACAGGCUCCUUUUAAAGUGCAACUAACUAUACUUUAAAGGAAUGCUUUCAUUGAUGUAAUUUCAACGUAGGACAACACAUAUUUCGAAACUGAAGUACAUGUAGCUUAUUUGGGAAGGCAUAGGCCUAGAUCUGUAUAGACACCCAGCAGAGUUAAGUUGUAUCCUACAAGCGGCAGGUGUCUCAACAUGAAAACAAAACGGAUUCGAAACUGAUCCUCUCUGUGUGUGGACCGACGGUGGCACAUCUUGCCUCCCUCCGGACAUUCGGUCUUGGACGAUGGAUGUGGUCUCUACGAGUGCCAUGCUCUCACAGGUGGUCUUUCUUCUGCACUUUGUGACUUUGACACUUGGCCAGUAUGACAUAUGCAAGAGUCUGGUUAGUAUGGAUAAUGGACAGACAUGGGAGUUUUACGCAUGCCAGCCCAAACCCACGGCUAUGAAGGAGUUCAUGCAAAUUACGGUGGAUCCCCUUGGCAUCACUUGCGGCAAUCCCCCGGAGAGGUUCUGUACUCUGGAGAACCCGUACCUGUGUAGUGACGAAUGUGACGCCUCCAACCCGGACCUGGCUCACCCUCCCCAGCUGAUGCAGGACCGUGAGAGCAGUGGCCUCAUCACCUACUGGCAGACGGUGACAUGGAGCCGCUACCCGGAGCCCCUGCUGGCCAACAUCUCCCUGGCCUGGAACAAGAGCUUGGAGCUGACCGAUGACAUCCAGGUCACUUUCGAGUAUGGCCGCCCCACCAUCAUGGUGCUGGACAAGUCCCUGGACAAAGGGCGCACCUGGCAGCCCUACCAGUUCUACGCCGACGACUGCAUGGACGCCUUCGACAUGCCCGCCAAGCGGGUGCAGGACCUGUCGGCGACAAACGUGACUCGGGUCAUCUGUACCGAGCAGUACUCUCGCUGGGUGGGCUCCAAGAACGAGAAGGUGCUGCGCUUCGAGGUGAUGGCGCGCUUUGCUAUCUUCGCAGGGCCCAAGCUGCUCAAUAUGGACAGCCUGUACACACGCAUGGAGAGUAUGAAGGGCCUGAGGGACUUCUUCACCUUCACCAACCUGAGACUGAGGCUGCUGAAGCCGGCCUUGGGGGGAACCUACGUCCAGAGAGACAACCUCCUCAAAUACUUCUACGCCAUCUCCAACAUAGAUGUACCAGCCAGGUGUAAGUGUAACCUCCAUGCUGGCCAGUGCACCUUUCGGGAGGGCAGCCUGCAGUGUGACUGUGAGCACAAUACGACGGGCCAGGACUGCACUCGCUGUGAGAGGGGCUUCAAAGCCAAGUCAUGGAAACCUGGAUCCUACCUACCCACCCCCAACGGAUCCCCCAAUACCUGUGAGGCUGCUGGGACUCUUGGCAACACCAGCAGCAUCACUGACACAGUGACAGCUGUGGUGGGUCCCACAUCCAGCACGCAGCUCAGGGACUCCCUCGCUGACACACCAGUGUUGCUUGUGGCAACUGACCAAACCUCCACUAUACCAGCCACUGUGCCAGUCUCUGCCAGUCCCGACCAGACAGAUCGUCCAUCCUUAAACACAGUGACCUCACCACCCCUGGAGGUAACACUCCCCACAACCACAGUGAAUGCGCAGCCGAAAGGUAAGUUCCCAGAUACACCGGAGGAAUCCCUGACCUCUGACCUUGCACCUUUACACUACAUUAGCUUUGACACCUUUUUUCUGUAAAUGUCUUUUUGAUAUUGUUUAUAGAUCCAAAAGUGUGAAUAUUGGUUAGACUAUUCUUGCAAUGCAUCCACCUUGGACCUACUGAUAGUCAUAGAUUUUUCUAUGACCUAUCAUUUAGUACAUUUUACAAAAUGUUCGGGACUAUAAGGAUAGUGAAACACGCCUCACUUGAAACAGAUGUGUAAGAGUGACAGGCAAGAGGAUCAGAAAUCCUCACUGUUUGUCAGAGAAAACUCAAAGAAGCCUGUAGACCCCCUAUUUACACCCAUUAACCUCUUUCAGUGUGGAUCACGACUGCUGGAGGCCAUAGAGUGCCUUAAUCUCCCCGUAGGUUGCACUGGGGUAAAGAGAUUAAACAUGAUUACUGGGCUAAAGUAGUCCUUAAGGCACGAUACGGUAUGUGGGCCAUGAUGCUGCUCUGUUAACAUCUCCAUGUGCUAGGGUAUUUACACUUCAGGGGUUCCUGUCUUGUGUCAGCUACUAGCUUACACUUAGUUGCGUCCCUCAGAGGCUGGGUGAGUAUUAGAACAGAGGCUUGUUUUUUUACUCACCGUACAGAGCCCACAUUUGUAACCCCCAGAUAUAAAGAGACAGUGGAAGUGAAUAGGGGAGUUUGGAGAGUAUGGAAUGCAUACUUUGACAGGACCAAUGAUGAUAAGGUAACUCUAUCAUUAAAUGCUGUUUUUUGUCUAUUUUGGCAGUGACCGUUUGUAAAUACUGAAGGUGAGAAGUUGGCCAGGUGUUUUCUACUCUCUUGUUUGGAAGAUGAAAUACCCAGCAGGCUCACUAUUUCUCAGGAACUGGCAGCAUGUUGAUCUUAUCCCAGGGAUUUCUAGAACACAGAGGAAUGUAGCUACUUUGAUUCCCUUGGGAAUGUUUGAUAGGAAAGAGAAUGCAACAGAACGUUUCCAAUCACCUGCAAUAAAAACAACACCAAAGUGCUUUGUGGCAUUUUACUUUUAAAUCAAAUGGCUAUUCUGUUUGUUGCCCCCUUAGCACCUUCCUCCUGCUUAGCAAGGGUCUGAUUAUAUCCACCGGUCGGUGCAUUGUGUGCAUCCACCGGUGCAUUGUGUGCUGCCCGCCCAGCUGGUGCUAUACUGGACACAAUCAACAGCCAGGGGCGAUAAAUCAUGAAAUACGCUAUCAUUGUGUAACAUCAUCUCUUUCUGGAGCACAAGGUUGAGCCAGCAUUACUGUACUGGGGGUCAAAGCUCAAGCAUUUCUGAUCUAUUUCUGAAUAACAAUUGAAUGAACAGCUGCUAAAUAUUUCACAAGCCGAGAGAAGACCGGUCAUGGCAAAAUUAUGGAGCCAGUGGAGAUAGAUACAUACAUGAAACCAUAACAGGAUGGAGGCACAGAGCACUGUGCCUGAGGUUGGGCCACAGGGCAGAUGCAAUGGAAGUGAUGAUAUCAGGGCAUGGGGUAUUCCAUUUCUACUGAUACUGACUGAAAUGGGGGAACAGUUGGCAAUGUCACUGGACAAUGCCAGCGAGCCAACAUCAAUAUAUUAUAGAUAUAGUGGUUAAUAUGCCAUCUUGACAACUCAUGAUUCUGUACACAAUUGCAGUUACUCAAUCAUCUGAAGCAGCUGACGUCACAUUUGAUGCAACCAUUCCAACAUCAGAUGGAUUUACUCAAACACUAGACAGCACAAUGACAACUUCUUACACAGUGACUUCUGACACCAGUCCCACAGCAUCUGACACCAGUCCCACAACAUCUGCCACCAGUCCCACAACAUCUGCCACCAGUCCCACAACAUCUGACACCAGUACAAUAGCAUCUGACACCAGUACCACAACAUUUUACACAGUGACUCCAACAUCUGACAUAUUUACCACAACUUCUGGCACCGUUACUUCAGCAUCUGAUGAAUUCACUGGUGUGCCCUUUCUGGCAUCGGACACAGUUACUCCAGUAUCUGAUAUAGUAACACCACUAAGAAAUGGAUUUACCUCUGCACCUGAUGCUGAUACCUCAGUAUCUGCUACAUUUAUUCCAGCAUCUAAUGGAGAUACACUCACCUCUGACGUGGCUACUUCAACAUCUGUUGGAGCUAUUUCAAUACCAGGAGCAGUUCCUCCACCUCCCGACACCGUUACUUCAGCACCUGAAACUCUUUCCCGGGCACUGGUUGAUGCAGCUGUUCCAUCCCCUGACACAGAUACCUUAACAUCUGAUGAUCCUAUCCAGGCACCUGAUGUAGUUACUACAGCUCCAGACUCAUCUUCAGCAACCCCAUCUCCUGACACAAGUGAUCAAGCUCCUGACUCAGUUGAUCCAGCUCCCGAUUCAGGUGAUCCAGCUCCUGAUACUGGGGAUAGUGAGAAAGGGGAAAAUAAAGAAGAAAAUGUUAAACAGGAAACAGGUACAUUGUGAUAUAUAUUUUUUCUUCCAUUUAUAAGUUUAUGCAUAUUCCAUCAGUAAACUAUGGUAACACUGCAAAUAUUGAAGGAACCACAUUUAGAAUGAACAAAAUGAUACUCUAAUAUGCAGUUGUGUAUGCAGUCUAUAUGCUGCUAAUAUGCAGUCGUGUCAGUAAGGUAAGACCUUCAUACAGGGUGUUGCCUUAAUGGCUUCCUCAAAUAGUUGAGGGGAUAAUACCUAAAGGUUCAUUCGACACUAAUAAAGAAUGAGUAAACAGUUUGAAGUUGCUAUUUAUUCUGAUCUCUCACAAUCUCUCUGGUGUACAUAGUUACCCCCAAAACUGAAGCCAAAUGGGAAAGCAAAGGGAAGGUGAAAAAGAAAGAGACAAAAAAAGGUAUAUUGAUCAACAGUAGUCUAGUAGUGUUAGUCUAGUAGUGUUUGUACUUUAUGCUAAUUCUGCUAUCAUUAGCAUGUCAGUUUGUAGCGGUGUCGGUAACCAUCCAUUUUGAAUUCCCUGAACCCACUCACGGUGACUCAGCAAUGGGGUUGAAGUUGACGUGUUAGUCGCCUGGUUGCUAUAGGAAAACAUCCCCACUGGGGGGUCAGAGUGCAAAUAGAUAAUUGAUGGACCAAAUAGGAGUAGAAAAGCAUUGAGACAUUUUUUGGGCUGAGCCCAUGUCCCAGUAAGAUACCUGAUCCAUGGUUUCAUGAGUCUGUUGACUCAAAGCACCAGGCUGCUAACAUGCAUUAGGAGUAGUGUGUGUGUGUGUGUGUGUGUGUGUGUGUGUGUGUGUGUGUGUGUGUGUGUGUGUGUGUGUGAAAACCUAAUGUAUUUUUGUUGUUGACAUGUUACAGAAUGGGCCACAUAGUAUUGUGUGGGUGAUUCUGUCACCACUUAGACUCCACUCAUCAGCUGUAGAUGAACCAGUAUUGAAAACUAACUUUGGCCGGUGAUUACUAUCACUUCAGGGUGGUGUUCAUUAGGCACUAAAACUGAAGAAAACAGACAGAAGCUAAUUUUUGUUUUCAGUUGUAAAAAAACAGUACACGUUUUUUUCCAUUGUGUUCCCUAAUAUACACAUCCCUAGUAAGGCCUCUUACUGCUGGUGAGGUGGAUUGUCUGUUUCGGAAUGAGAUGAUGUUCUGGUAGAACAGUAAAUAGCUAUGCUUUGUUAAUUACUGAACGCUGUAAUGCACAAUGCUUUGUGUUAAUGGGUAGAUUUACAUGGUCGAUAACUAUUUAUGGAUUGUAUGUUGUCUUUGCCUGUGAAUCCUGUGAGAUGUCUGACAGUGACUCACUAUUAGCGGGUCGUAACCUCUUGUGUUUGGCAGACAUUUUGGUUUUAGUGGUCAUUAUAUUUCAGCGACUACGUAGUAGAGGCGUGUUC